GUAGUGUAGGUACAGCACAAGCCGCCACAAGACGUCCCUGCGUACUCUAGCUGAAGCUCACCACCGUCAACAUGUUCUUUGAGGACCACUGGAUCGACAGUAGGUACAUCUCUCUUUUUGAAUAUUUGCAGAAUGUAAGAGAUUGGUAUGAGGUAUUUUGAAUGAGCUUCUUGCUUGCUUUCACCUUGAAAAGGGCAAAGUAGCAUUCCACAGCAGACAACAGGAAGUGUUGAUAAGCGUAUAAUUAUCAUUAUUAAACUAAUGGAAUCUACAACUAGGUCUCAACAGCACAAUUGAAGAGACCGGUGGUGAAAUUUAUUUGGGGAGGGGUCUUUACACAAUAGUUAAGAUUCUGGUCCUCAUGCUGGUUAGGUUAGCAUUUUCACAGCAAACCUCUAAGCAUAUGUUGUUAGGAGUAAGCUGCACUGAGUAAGUAUAUUUAGUAAGAACAUUUAGGAUUGCAAUUUUCAUUUGGUCCCAUUGCCAGCCUAUUCUUUUGUCUGGUGAGCAGGGAGAAGCUUAAAUUCCUCUGACCCGAGGGUUUCUUUUUUAAAUUCAGUUCAAGGAACAGAAUAUUCCACUAUGGUUAUGCAAAAGCAUGGGACUACUUAGUAGCUCAUUUAAGACUAGUAUCUUGCUUGGCAAGCUUGUCUCUACUGCCGAUUCAGUUCCAGGUUGAAACAAGCUCUGCUGGUUUACAGUGCAGUGGUACCUCGGGUUACAUACAUUUCAGGUUACAGACUCCACUAACCCAGAAAUAUUACCUCGGGUUAAGAACUUUGCUUCAGGACGAGAACAGAAAUCGUGCUCCAGUGGUGCGGCGGCAGCAGGAGGCUCCAUUAGCUAAAGUGGUGCUUCAGGUUAAGAACAGACCUCCAGAACGAAUUAAGUACUUAACCCGAGGUACCACUGUAUAUGUCCUUGAUAUGCUUCACAUUUCCACCACCUAAUACACCUUCAACCCCUAACAUUUUGUUACACAGUUAAGUGAUCCCUGCUUUCUCCAAGUGAUGGAAGGCCAACAUUACAAAAUUACAGGAUUGUUAUCUUGGAUGAGAGAACCCUGGGUACUUAGGCACUGAGAGAAUGCUUAUGGGGUCUUCAUUAAGGUUUGUUUUAUUUACGAAGUAUGUUGGAAGAAAUAGGCCCAUACAGGCAUGACUAAGCGAAGCAUGAUAUAUCCCUUUAUUUGCCCCUAUUAACAGUUUAAUAAGACAAAUUCUUAUGGGGGGGUAUUUUUGUUUGUUACUAUGUUAUGUAUUUUUGUGUUUCUAUAUUGUAAACUGCCCUAUGAUCGUAAGAUGAAGGGCAGCAUAGAAAUUUAAAAAACAAUGUAACAAAUAAAUUUGAGAGGUGCAGCUUUCUCCCAGAAUGGGAAAAUGGGGAAACACUUCCUUGACUGACUUCUGUUGUUAGGCAGCUAAUCAAGGCACUAAAACCUUGUCAGGAAAAAAAACCAAGAGAAAACACAAAUAAGAAUAAGCAGCAGAGGACUUUUACUCUUAUUCAUGAAAACCAACUCAAACGAUACCAUAGGAUAACAGCCGUAUUGGAACAAUUAGAAUUAAGCACUGGCGGCUCUCCAAACAGCAUCAAUGCAAAUGUUCAGAAAGGAACAGCCCUUCUUUUCAAGUUUUAUUUUUGUGAAGUUGACAGUUCCUGGCAAGAUGCAGUUCUUCCAAAGAGGAGGGACUUUCCCACAGUCAGAGUAUGGCCAUCCUGAAAGUCAAUUAGCUUGUCCAGAUGAAUAUAUACCCAACUGCGGUUGCCCACUAAUUAGGAGAGUCCAGGAAGCGGAAGCAGUCGCUUGCGAUCUUCCACACUGUGCUGUUGUUUGUGGUCUGUGCUGUCAGCAAGAAGCUCUGGUUGAAGUACUGCUGCUCGUUCCCAUCAAACUUGACGAACCCGUAUGUCACGAUCAGGAUCGUGUUGUGGUUCUCUGUCGCUUGCUCGUGAACAGGCUGGCAAUCAAAGGUGGUAAUUUGAAAGUCGCUUGAAGGCAGCUUUUCGAAGAACUCCGCAAGGGCUGCUUGCCCAGAGACUGCAUUCCCAUUCCAAACGAGGGUCGCUUUGUCCUGGUAGAGUUUGGUCAGCGCCCGCCUCCUUUUAUCCAUGGUUUCAUAGUAAAUAUUUGCGAAUUCUUCCGCAGCUCGGCAAGCUUGAUCCACAUAGGUUUUAAAGUUCAUCGAGGUGGCCAUGUGGGCGGCGUCUCUCAGCGGCUGAGGCGGGAAAAUAAGAGGCGGAACCUCCCUUCUCUUGCCCGCAAGGGUCCGGAAUAAACCCGAUUCCCUCAGUCCUGCUCGAGAUUUGCUCCCGCGCUGCCCACGCGUAGCUCUCCCCUCCGCCGCGGCGCUUCCGCUUCCCUCCUUCUCAAAUAUCCGCGUUCCUUGAAAGCGAUUGGUCAGGAUUACGUUCUCUCAGUUCCCAAUCCGGCGCAGCCAUUGGCUUGAGAAUCAAGGACGCCUCGCGGUCAUCUCCCCGCCCCGCGCCCCUCCAUCUCCGCCCUACUGCUGGCAGCCACGUCGAGCCCUCGGCUGCCCACCAGGCGACGAGGGCGCAUGCGCGCUGCUGCGGUGCUGAGCUGUCCCGGUGACAUGCUGGCAGGAAGUGGCGCCUUUGCAGGAAGUCGGAGCUUCAGGGAUGCCCAGGGAGGCGCAGUCCACCUUAGUAGCCUGAUAGCCCUUCUCGGGGUCCGCGCUCCUUGCCUCUCCCCUUGGCCGGGCUGGGUCGCCUGCCGGCCUCGGCUCUCAAGCUUCUCCGCGACCCCUGCAGCAACACAGGGACAGGAUGCUGAAGAAGUUCGAUAAGAAGGACGAGGAGUCCGGUGAGUUAAUGGGAAAUAGCAAUUCAUUUGUCGUCCCAGUUGGGCAGCAAUGAAACUACUAAGCUAAGCAGGGUCCAGUAUGGUUUCGAAUAGGAUGGGGAGCCGCCUCUUGAGAUUUCUGCAUUGCAGACAGUUGGGCUAGAUGAUCCUCGAGGUCCCUCGCAAUUCUACGAUUUAUAUGUGAAAUUCUUCUUACAUAGGAAUUCUUUUAGGCAUGUAUGUUUUGAUUGUUGAAUUGCUACAAAAUGCUUCAUGGGAAGCGAUUCAUCAGAUAAAUAAAGGUGAUCUUAAGGGAAGUGCAUCUAUAUCUCUUGCACAUCUUAUUUUAAUAAGGCCUGAAACUGUUAUUAUGGUCUUUCUGCGCAAGGUUUCUUUUGUUCAACCAUAAUAUACUUUUACUGUACGGUGGUUCCGCAGUUGUAUACUUUCCCAGUUCCAUUUCCGUUGGAACAUUUAUCUACUGUUUUUGCUCCAUCUCUCCUAAUCUCUUGGGCCUCGCUUGGCAACUUAUAAAGCCCUAGGCAAGCGCUCUUGGACUGUUUUAGUUGUACAGUUCCAAAUGUGACAUUAGGCAGUCUAUAAAUAAAUAGUGCUUACAUUUGACUGGUGAGUUUUUUGCAGGUUUGGAGAGAAAGCAAAAUGACACCUUCUCCUUUCCUCUCUCUCUGUGUGUAUAAGGCAAGUGCCUGUCGAAGGCUUUCUCUCUCCAUCUUUAUUUCAAAUAUCGUACAGCUUUGUUGAUUGAUGUCUGCAAGCCACCCUUCUUUUGAAACAAUAGGGGUGCUCAUUUUAGGGCAGAACCUUGGGUGGAUGAGGGAACAGCUAAUGAAUUUGGUUGACAACUGAGUUUCUUUUGUGUGUAAGCUGUGAGUACAAAGGAAACUGCCUUAUACCAAGCCUGACCAUUGGUCAGUCUAGCUCAGUAUUGCUGACUCUGGUGGGCAGCAACUCUUCAGAGUUUCCAGACAGAAGACAUUUUCAGCUCUGAUGGGAGAUGCUGGGAAUUUGAACCUGUUUUAUUCUACAUGCAAUGCAUAUGCUUUACCGCUCAGCUAUAAACUGUAGAUGAGGCAGCUGCAUAAAUUUUAUUUGUUUUGUUUUGUUUUUGGUUGUACACUUGCUUUUUCUUGCUUUUUCAGCAAAGGGCUGGGAAGUGGUAUUUGAAUUCAUAGCAUACGUAUCAGAAAUAGGGUUAAUAGGUGUACCUAUCUUGAGGUUAAUAGCAACUGGGGGGAGGAUAGAAUUGAACCUGAGACCUUGUUCACACAAAGCAUGUGCUCUGUUGCUGAGUUAUGAGAUCUUCUCCCAUCACAAGUUUUUCUGUAUGUAAGACUCUUUUAUAGAGUUGGCAAAUUUCCAAGCUUCUGGUUGCUCAAGUAGCUAAAUAUAUCUAAACUUUUUGAAAUACUUCCUUCGCUUUCACAGGGUUGGUUACAAUGGUGUUAAUUGCAUAUAGCUUUUCAGCCUCAAUAUACGGGAUGACUUGUAGAGGUCUUAGCCUAUCACAUAUGAGGAAUUCCCAGAUCUAUAUUAAAAGUUCUUUUUUGAGGAUUCCAAGGUGAUAAAUAUUCACCCCAGCAAAGUUGAUGGUGGCUGAAAUUAAGGGUUUCCAGCUUACAUAGUGAAAAAUCCUUGGUCGUGAUCACAUUUGAUGUUCCUUUGUUGCAGGUGGGGGCUCCAAUCCAUUCCAACACUUAGAGAAAAGUGCUGUGCUGCAAGAAGUAAGUUCUUUAACAGUGCCGGUCUUUUUCUCAAGGAAACACAUUUUGGCAUAUCUCUGAGAUCUCAUUCAUUCAUAUCUUUCUUCCUAGGCUCGAGUAUUCAACGAGACACCUAUAAACCCUCGGAAAUGUGCUCACAUCCUUACCAAGGUUUUGUAUCUCAUAAACCAGGUAAUGGGGAGACUUUUAUUUUUUCAUUUACAAUGGUUUCUUGUUAAACCAGAACUUGUCUGCCUGUUAAUGCUCAUGAGCGGAGCUUGUGCUGUGCUGCUUGGAAGAACGGCUGUUUCAGUAGCAGUGGGUUGUGAAUUGUCUUGGUAGUGUUUCCUUUCCCCCCUCCAGGCUGAUGAAGCAGGUACUGUCAUCAGGCAGCAACCAAGUAGCCUGUGCCAGUUCUCAAAGUGACUCUCUUUUGAAGAGGUAGUUGGUUCUUUGCACCUGGGAAGGUAGCCUCCUUCCAGCAAUUCCUGUAGCCAAGCUGGUGCCAAAAGUAUUGCUCUGCUUUCCUUUGGACCACAUCAGUGAGGCCAAGAGGGAGGUCACUUCAGUGCUGCUAAUGCAACAGUUUGACUUCAUGCCCAGAGGCACACUCCAUUGUCUCUUGAGACAAUGGAGACAGACAGAUGCCAGCAAGAAGCUCUUGUAGCAGGGGUCCUCUUCCACAAAUAUGAUGUUAAAAAAGUUGCUUCUUUCUGACCUCCCAGCUGAGGCAAACUGUUGACAUGCACUUCCAUCUCUUGCUUAAAGUGAUUGCUAAUGUAAAUGUGAUUUCUGCAGCAAUGCUCACUGCAGUUUAUUCCACCAUUGAUUCUAGUUGCUAAUAAAUGUUGAUGGGUUUCUGCCCUGCGUUCCAGGGGGAGCACCUUGGCGUGAUGGAAGCCACAGAAUCCUUCUUUGCAAUGACCAAGCUGUUCCAGUCCAAUGAUGUAAGCAUGCCAAGUCUGCCUCUAUAUGUUCACAUAGGGGAGGGGAAGAGUACGAGAGGCCUAUCCUUUAGUGCAGGGCUGUCCAAACCCCAAGAGACUGCAAUCUACUCCCACUAUAAAACAACUGACAGUGAUCUACCCGCUGGAUUGUCCAAAGUUGUUGAGCUUUUUUUUAGGGAGCCAGAGUUGUUGAGUUGAGGGUCCUAGGAUCGACCACAGACGUCCCACGAUCGACCAGUAGAUCACGAUCAACCUGUUGGACAGGCCUGCUUUAGUGUGCAGUCCUGGGCAAGAAAUCCUUUUGCCAAAGAGCCACUUUGGCAAAAUGGUGGGGUGGCAGGUCCACUCCCAAAAUGGCCUGAAGCCAUUGUUACAUUUGUUUCUCAUAGAAUCAUAGAUUUGCAGAGUUGGACCCAAGGGUCAUCUACUGCAGCCUCCUGCAAUGCAGGAAUCUCAACUGAAGCAUCCAUGACAGGUGGCCAUCCAACCUCUGCUCAUAUGCAGCCUCCUUUCCUCUCAGGACAAAACAGUUUAUUUUUUGAUAUAUGCUAUUGGUCAAGUGCAGUCAUGGGAACAUAGGAAGUUGUCUUAUACCAAAUCCGGCCAUUAGUCCAUCUAGCUCAGUAUAGCCUACACUGAUUGGCAGUGGUUGUCCAGGAUUUCAGACAACAAAUCUAUUUCAGCCCGACCUGGGGAUGGUGAGGAUUGAACCUGGACCUUCUGCAUGCAAAGCAGAUGCUCUGUCACUGAGCUAUGACUCGUACCAAAAUAUGUUCUGGUUGAGACAAUAGCAAAUCUUUGGCGACUCCUGUUCCCCCCCAGAAAUGAUAGCAAUAUUGAUUGAUUGAUUGAUUCAUUCAUUCAUUCAUUCAUUCAUUGAUAGGUAUCCGACUCUUCCUCCCAAAGGAUCCCAGGGCAGUGACAUUAUACCCUGUCCAUUUUUUAUGCAUCGUAACACUUAUCUCCCUUGUUUUUCUGCCAGCCAACUCUCCGCAGAAUGUGCUACCUGACCAUCAAAGAGAUGUCCAGCAUCUCAGAGGAUGUCAUCAUUGUGACUAGCAGGUGAUUCCUUCUUGAGCUGUUCUCCAUGCAACUGUUUCCCCUUUUUUUAUUUAAGUUGUGUGUGUGUGUAUGUGUAUCUCCUGAGACCCUUUUAGCCCAGUAGGGUUGGCAGCAGUGCCUAUAGGAAACAAUGAAGUUGGUGGGUGUUUGAGAGGAAGAAAUGAUCUUCUUGAAAAAGGGUAUUGAAAGACAGAUGCUGAAGUCCUCUCAGUGCAGUUGGGCAACUCCAACCUGGAGCAAUCCAAGCAUGUUCACUGCAGCUGGGAAAUCAAGACAAAACAACAAGAUAAUAGUGCCUUCUUUCUUUUCCCCCUCUUAAAAAAAACAACCUAUUGCUUUUUUAUCCUGUGGGUACUUUAAUGAGGAUCUUUCUAGCAUACAUGGAGAUAAGGAAUGUUUUGACUCCGUAGAAACUGUUAACAGCAAUGCUUGCCAAUGUUUGCAGGCAAAUUUGAGCAGUAGUUUGCACCUUCCUUUUGAGUGUGUGAGAGCAUGCACAUUUUGAAAGACAACGAACCACAUUGUUAAGGUGUAGCAACUCGUAUUUUAGCUUUUGUGCUGUAUCUUGUGAUUUACGUAUUAGCUGUUUUCCUGCCCCCAAUGAGGCCGGCACAUGUUGCGAAAUCAUCAGUUUCAUAAAGUAACAGGCUACCAUAACUUCUCUAUUAGGAGCACACUCAAGGAUUUACAGGGGUACACAUUAUCAUAUUUAUUGUGGCCCUUUGGGCCACUCCCACCAAGGCAUUUCCAUCUUGUUGAGAACGUGCUUCUGUUUCUUCCAGCCUGCAGCUCUUGUGGAGGUGGUGGAGGAGAGAUGAUUAACAAAAUUAAUCCUCCUGGCAAACUGGGAAUAUCCUCUCACUCACCCAAGUUUAGGAUAUUCCAGCAUUCUUCAGCAGAGUUUCCUUUUCUUUGAGAAAAAUAAGUGGCUCACGUAAAUGUAAACAAGCUUUAAUAAUAAACUGAGAGAAAACUGUAGCAAAAUAACAUGAUGAGCGAGACUAAAACAACACCGUGAGUCAAGUCUGAGGCAAGAAAACAAGAAGAGGCAGUUGGUCCCUCUUAGGGUCCCUCGAAGGACAGCCAAAUUUAAAUAACAAUCUGACACACAGCUGUGAGGCAUUUGCGAGCUUUUUUGCGGAGAAGGUCCUGUUGCUCCGCCAUGACCUCCCUGCCAAUUUGGAUACAAUAAAGGAACUGGAGGCCCCUCGACUGUCCUCAGGUCCAGUAUUGGAUCACUUUGACCGGAUAUCCCCAGCCGAUGUGGGCAGACUCCUCCGAGCUGGAAAGCCCACCACCUGUCCUCUUGACCCAUGCCCGUCCUGGCUGAUUAGAGCGUGUCCAGACGAGGUGCGGGCCCCCCUGGGGGAUAUCAUCAAUUUGUCCCUUGGCACCGGGACAUUCCCAGGGGAACUGAAGGAGGCAGUGGUGCGCCCGCUUUUAAAGAAAACAUCAUUAGAUCCCUUAGAUCUAUCCAAUUACCACCCGGUUUCGAAUCUUCCAUUCCUGGGUAAGGUGAUUGAGAGAGCGGUUGCUGAACAGCUUGGUAGGUUUCUGGAUGAAACAUCGGCUCUGGAUCCAUUCCAGUCCGGCUUCCGCGCUGGUCAUGGGACCGAGACGGCUCUGGUCGCCCUAACAGAUGAUCUCCGCAGGCAGCUGGAUCGAAGUGGGUCGGGGCUGCUGAUUCUUCUAGACCUGUCAGCAGCCUUCGACAUGGUCGAUCACGAACUCCUGGACCACCGCCUUGCCGACGUGGGGAUCCAGGGCACAGUCCUUCAAUGGCUGCGCUCGUUUCUCUCUGGUCGGGGACAGAGGGUGGCGCUUGGGGGGGAAUUGUCAUCCCGCCACUCCUUGGUGUGUGGAGUGCCCCAGGGUGCGAUACUCUCCCCGAUGCUUUUUAACAUCUUUAUGCGCCCCCUCGCCCAGCUUGUCCAGAGUUUUGGGCUGGGCUGCCAUCAGUAUGCUGAUGACACCCAACUCUAUCUGUUGAUGGAUGGCCAUCCUGACUCGGCCCCAGACACACUGAUCAGAUGCUUGGAAGCUGUGGCUGGAUGGUUACGUGGGAGCCGGUUGAAGUUAAAUCCUUCGAAGACAGAGGUCCUCUGGCUGGGACGGGACGAUAUGGGAUUGAGGGGCAACUCCCAUCUCUUGCGGGGUGCAAUUAGUGCCAGCACCGUCCGUUAAGAGUUUGGGUGUAAUCUUCGAUACCUCCCUCUCCAUGGAGGCGCAGAUUGCAGCUAUAACAAAGGCGGCAUUUUUUCAUCUCCGCCAAGCUAAGCAGUUGGCUCCUUACCUCUCUCGCCCUGACCUAGCCACUGUGAUCCACGCGACGGUCACCUCCAGACUGGAUUAUUGUAACUCGCUCUACGUGGGGCUGCCCUUGAGACUGACCCAGAAACUCCAGCGGGUGCAGAAUGCCGCAGCGAGACUCCUUACGGGGUCUUCGCUGCGAGAUCACAUUCAUCCGGUGCUAUACCAGCUGCACUGGCUCCCGGUGGAGUACAGGAUCAGGUUUAAGGUGCUGGUUUUAACCUUCAAAGCCCUAUACGGCCUAGGACUCUUGUACCUACAGGACCGCCUCUCCUGGUAUGCCCCACAGAGGAACUUACGGUCUUCAAAUAAAAACAUCUUGAAGGUCCCAGGCCACAGAGAGGUUAGGCUGGCCUCAACUAGAGCCAGGGCUUUUUCGGCUGCGGCUCCAACCUGGUGGAACGCUCUGUCACAAGAGACAAGGGCCCUGCAGGACUUGACAUCUUUCCGCAGGGCCUGCAAGACAGAGCUGUUCCACCAGGCCUUUGGUCAGGGUGCAGCCUGACUCCCUCCUUUGGCAAUCUUUACAAAACUUUAGUUUAUGGUUGCCAUCAAUUUUGAUUUUAAUUAAUUUUUAUAAUGUUUUAUAAUGUUGCACUAUUUUAGUGUUGUUAGCCGCCCUGAGCCCGGCUUCGGCUGGGGAGCGCGGGAUAUAAAUAAAAUUUAUUAUUAUUAUUAUUAUUAUUAUUAUUAUUAUUAUUAUUAACGGACAUUCUUAACUGAACAUAUCGGAUCACAUUGAAGAGAGGGGCUGAUUCCGGAUCAGAACACGCAAUCCCUGCCCACCAGAUACCAAACAUUCUACUGAUCAAAUUAGGUCCCAGUGUUUUUCUUACAGCUCUCGCCACUGUUGUCUACUGUUUAUGAAAGCAGUCCUAAAAACUUUCUUAUUUUAAUCCAGUUUAACCAAAGAUAUGACGGGGAAAGAUGACAACUACAGAGGCCCUGCUGUACGAGCCCUCUGCCAGAUUACCGAUGUAAGUGCCGCAGUGUAAUUCUUUGCCGGCGGAUCUUUUUCUUCCGGCUACCCUUGCUGUCUUUCCGCAUCCUUCCAAUCACUGCCUCUCUUGAGUCCGCUUCUUCUCCCUUGCUUCUUUGUUGCUCAUUUUGCCCCUUCUCUGAAGUCCUCCUGCCAAAUGGCCUCCUGUUUCUGCUCUCACAAGCAUCUCUCGCUUUGCCAUCCCCGCAGACGACCAUGCUGCAGGCCAUUGAGCGCUACAUGAAGCAGGCGAUUGUGGACAAGGUGCCCAGUGUCUCCAGCUCUGCCCUUGUGUCGUCUUUGGUACGUAGGUUCUUGACACACAGCCUGUGCCCUGAGCGAGAAGGGCUAUGUUCAGAUAGGAGGAGCGUUACAUUGUUUGCCCAUCUGUAAUAAUAAAGGUAUACGCUUCUUUUUGUGAAAUGCUAGGAUCGGAGAAUGUACUUCUUUCCAGGAACUCGGUGUGUCUCUGUUCUUGGUUCCUUGGUGGGCCAUUGCUGCAUUUUGGGGAAGAAGCAGUGACGUUCUGAAAUUUAUACCUUUGGCCAAAUUACUUUUCAGAAGCAUUGCCUUCCUGGGUUCUGAGACUGUUUCAAGCCACAGGUGGAAAGGGGGUGGUGGCGAUAGGCUGAACUUAACAUGUGCAGCUCAUAGAGCCCAAAACUUGUGCCAGAUCUUUCUGGGGUCUUCCCUUGCUUCUGCUGGAAGGACCCUUAUUUGGAUUGCAAAGGCCACUUCUUUAUGUGCCUCCUUGUUGUUAUUUUUCUUGACAGCAUCUUCUGAAAACAAGCUUUGAUGUGGUAAAACGCUGGGUGAACGAGGCUCAGGAGGCAGCUUCGAGUGAUAAUAUCAUGGUCCAGGUAAGAAUCUUAAAGCCACUUUCAGUCAUUUUUAAAAAAUGACAUUGAGUUUUAGGUGUGUGUUUCUGGGUUGAUUUGUGGCAGGGAAAGGGAACCUUUGGUCCGCUGGCUAAACUUGACCCACCAGGGGUUCAUAGGUGCCCCACAAGUCCUUUCCCCCCCAAACCACACCAACCUGCCUUAUACAUGAUGUCCUAUGUGAUGUUAGGUGGGGGGGCAGGUAGAGAUAUGACUGCCAGUUCACAAGCAGGAACCUCAAAGUGCAGACUCUACUGCCCAUUGGCUGGUGGGUGGUAAAGUUGAAGCUUUGUGCCCUUUAAGGCACUAUGUAGGGUUCUUUACAAGAUAGGCAACCCUUCCAGCUCUACAAUUCUAUGAUUCUAAGCCCUGUGUGGUGCUUUGAAGUCUCAGCUUUGGGACUUCAAAGUGCCCAAUCCCUUGACAUCAAAGUGAUGUAUGGUGAUUGACAGGUGGACUACCACACCCACCUGUCACAUUUGGCCCUGAUAGCUAGGAUCUGAUGAAGUUCUAGCCUGUGAAGUAAAAAAAAGUGGAAAUAACCUUGACCCCGAUACGACCCAUUUCCCCCUCUCCUUAAUGUCUUCCAGUAUCAUGCCCUUGGCUUGCUAUAUCACGUGCGCAAAAAUGACCGCUUGGCUGUCAACAAAAUGCUGAACAAGUUCAUGCGCCAUGGCUUAAAAUCGCCUUUUGCCUAUUGCAUGAUGAUCCGAGUGGCCAGCAAACUGCUGGAAGAAGAAGCUGGAGGGUAAGUCCUACUGCUUGCUAUUGUUUUUACAUCCCAGGAAAAAACAUUCUGCAUAGUGCUACACCAAACAUUCCUCAAAUUUGAUUUUGGGCUUUUUUUUAAGUGUUGGAAGGUUUCCCCAAAGCACCUGCAAGUCUUACGUUAGAGAGCCAGUGUGGUGUAGUGGUUAAGAGCGGUAGACUCUUAAUCUGGGGAACUGGGUUCGCUUCCCUGCUCCUCCACAUGCAGCUGCUGGGUGCUAGUCACACUUCUCUGAAGUCUCUCAGCCUCACUCACCUCACAGAGUGUUUGUUGUGGGGGAGGGAGGGAAAGGAGAAUGUUAGCCGCUUUGAGACUCCUUUGGAUAGUGAUAAAGCGGGAUAUCAAAUCCAAACUCUUCAUAAAAUGGGGGGGGGGGUCUCCUGCUUCUAAGAAAGUAGGAAGUCCAUUAUAGGAACAUAGGAAGUUGUUUUGUAAUGAGUCAGACCAUUGGUCCAUCUAGCCCAGUACUGCCUGCACUGAUUGGCAGCAGCUCUCCAGGAUUUCAGGCGGGAGUCUCUCCCAACCCUACCUAGAGAUGGAUUGAACCUACGACCUUCUGCUUGCAAGCUGGAUGCUCUACCGUUGAGCUGUGUCCUUUCACCAAUCAGUUUUGGCUGCAUCAGAACAGCACUGAGAGCAAGCAAAGCUAUUUGGGCUGGGAGGCAUGGCCCUUGAUGAUACUGCCUUGCAACCAGAUCUGAUUCCUCCCACCCUCUAAAACUCAUAUGCCGCUCAAUGGUGGCAACCCCCCCCCCUUCAAGUGGAUAAUACACCUCCAAGCAGUUGGGUCAUUUCUGAAAGUUCAAUUUGCUUUCCCAGUGGACAGCCAUGCAAGUUUUUAAGUCAAGCAGUUGGCCUAUGUGUGGGAACCUGACUCCUCCUUUUCUUCUUCCUCCUCCUCUUUUGGUGUCCUAGCCGUGACAGCCCCCUGUUUGAUUUCAUUGAGAGCUGCUUACGGAACAAGCACGAGAUGGUGGUCUAUGAAGCUGCAUCUGCCAUUGUUAACCUGCCCAGCUGCUCGGCUAAAGAACUGGCGCCAGCUGUGUCUGGUAAGUCUUUUCAUUGUUGAAGGAAAGGGAGACUUGCUGGACGCAGGCCAGUUUGCUUACUGGUCGUAAAACUAAAGUCUCGCUGUCAAUAAAAAGCACUUCCUUGCUGGGUUCAGUGCAGGAUUCUCCAGCAUCUUGAGGGUUGCUGUGUGUUGCAAAGCAGGCCUGUGAGUGCUGUAGGAUAACAUCAGCAAAGUGACAUGCAGGCAGGCUCAUUGAUUGAGAUGGUGCAUUUGGGCCCUGGGAAGAUUGGAUAUGUGAUGUAAGAAAGCCUUUGCCUAAUGUUAGGCACCAGGCCAAAAUGUUCCUCUUUAACCAGGCCUUUGCUUGAUUUGACUGACAUUCUGUGCCCUUUUAAAAUGUAUUAGGGGGUGUUAUUGGGUGGUGGUUGUUUGUAUUUUGAUUAUGUACUUUGUGGUUUUAUAGUCUGGUUUUUUCCCCUGUGAACUGCCCUGAGACCUUCGGGUAUAGGGUGGUGGAAUAAUAGUAGUAGUAAUAAUAAUAAUGGUGAUAAUAAUACUAAAUUAAUAAUAUAAUACUUGCUAAGAAAAGUGUACUCUAAAAGGAAUCAAAAUCCACUGUGAAUAUUAAGAGAGGCGUAAGUGAGUUGAUGAACAACGACUUGAUGCAGGAACAAAAACCGGGCCAUGUCUUGUCAUCUCCAACAGGCAGCAUCAACCAGGGGUAGCUAACAUUGUGCCCCCCAGAUUUUGUCGGACCUCAACUCCCAUCAUCCCAGGCAGGCUGGUCAGUGGUCAGGAAUGAUGGGAAUUGUAGUCUAGGAACAUCUUGAGGGCACCACAUUGGCUAUCCCAGCUUAGAUUUGGUGACUGGUGGACAAAGCAAUGUGCAUUUGCCUCCUCUGGGAAUGAGAGAAAUAUGUCUCUUCUGCAAACUUCUUGUGUUCCAGUUUCACCCCUUACGCAGGCUGUGAACUGAAUCAUUGCAGUAUGGCUGGUGUGACUAUCUUGCCAAUAAUACUCUAUCAUUAUUAUUAUUCAUUUUACAGUGUUACAGUUGUUCUGCAGUUCACCCAAGGCAGCACUUCGCUAUGCAGCAGUUCGAACCCUCAACAAGGUAAGAAGGCUCAAAGAACUCUGUGGCCAGUUGGGUUUGCCUGCUUGGGUAGGGCUAAAUUCUUAGUCCUUGGAUAGGUGAAAUAAUAAAAAAGAAGUGCCAUUGAUCCUAUGAGACCAGCUGAUAGGAACAGAUUUCACCGGUUCUUUGAACCACCUCUCUGGUUAUGUGUCCAUUUCUUGGUUUUCUGAACUGUGGUUUAAGAAACUGGGAACAAGUUUUGAGGCCCACAUACUUCUUCCCCUGCACACUGUCUUAAUUUUAAGCCACAGCUCCUUUUUGUAUCCCAGACAAGAAAAUCUGGGUCAGUGUUCCACUAGCCAGGAUCAACUGUGAAGAUAUGUAUUGCUAAACUGGCAUUAAACCAAAGCAUUAAACUCUGCAUUUUGUAUGCAAGGUGGAACUGUAGCUCAAAGAUAAUAAGACAAGAGCUGAAGUUGGGGCACAACAAAAACAGUUUAAUAAAUGGUAGUUUGUGUCAGAAACUUUAUGAUUCUUGCCCAUUGUGCUGUGUUGUGAACUCUCCCAGGGGCUCUUGUAUUGAAGAUACUGUAUAUUCAUGCUUACAAGUUCAGCCAGCCUGCAGGGAGCAAAUUCUUCUUUCUGUUCCUCGCCACUAGGUUGCUAUGAAGCACCCGUCUGCUGUGACUGCCUGCAAUCUUGAUUUGGAGAAUCUGGUCACAGACUCCAACCGCAGCAUUGCUACCCUGGCCAUCACCACCCUGCUGAAAACCGGCAGCGAAAGUAGCAUUGACCGGCUCAUGAAGCAGAUCUCCUCUUUUAUGUCUGAAAUCUCCGACGAGUUCAAGGUAUGGAAAGACUCGUGCUUGGGGCUUUUAUUGAGCUUUUCUGCAUGUGGGAUGUGGGCUGGUGUGAGACGCAACUCCCAUUAUUCAGUGUGCUUGUUGCAUUCCAUGUUCUUUCCAGGUUGUUGUGGUACAGGCCAUCAGCGCCCUCUGUCAGAAGUAUCCACGCAAGCAUGCUGUCCUCAUGAACUUCCUCUUCACAAUGCUGCGUGAGGAGGUAAGUGUCGCCGUUUGCAUCGCUGUCCUCAUUAUUGGCUCGGGGCAAUCUUUCUCCUGCAACCUGUGCUACCCAAAAUGGAAGCCUGCGUGACCGAAAUAUGACCUUCACCUUACAGCUUGGACUGCAGGAAUCUGAUACGAUGUAGAAGUCUUUUAACCCAGUAUGUUUCCGAGCACAAUUCAUAGUGUUUGUGCUGACUUUUAAAGCCCUAAGCGGCCUCAGCCCAGUAUACCUGAAGGAGGGUCUCCACCCUCAUCAUUCUGCCCAGACACUGAGGUCCAGCGCCGAGGGCCUUCUGGUGGUUCCCUCACUGCAAGAAGUGAGGUUAGAAGGAACCAGGCAGAGGGCCUUUUCAAUAGUGGCGCCCGCCUUGUGGAACACCCUCCCAUCAGAUGUCAAGGAAGUAAGCAACUAUCUGACUUUUAGAAGACAUCUGAAGGCAGCCCUGUUUAGGGAAGUUUUUAAUGUUUGAUCUUUUAUCGCUUUAUGAUUAUGAUGAUUAUUAAUAUUCUGUUGGGAGCUGCCCAGAGUGGCUGGGAAAACCCAGCCAGAUGGACAGGGUAUAACUAUAUUAUUAUUAAUUUAUUAAUUUAUUAUUUCCCCACUUGAGUAAUGUCAGUCAGAUGCUACCACUGCUCAUAGGGCCCAUGCCUACUGCAGGCAUGUUACAUACUUGUCAAUACAGUAUUAGCUAAAACCCACUCACCAUUUCCUGCAGAAAAGCAUUGCUUACUGAUUAUGCUGUACUUAUUUGGUGAACAUCCUUAGAAGCCUCCACAUGACUGGGAACCUUGAUAAGGCAAAGCAGUCACAAGGAGACUUUUACAUGCAUUUAGUCAAGCCUGCUUAGAAGACCACAUCGGACCUUCUCACUCAACAUGGUUCAGGUGCACACAAGUGCGCAUGAGGACAGUGGGGGCUCUAUGCAGUCUGUUUAAUGUGUAAAUAAGGCUACAGUUUGGGUUGAGGGAUUUUCUAAGGUGCUGCUUGGUGUUAGAUUUUUUUAAACUCUCAGCCUGUCUCCAUAUUUUAGAUUAGGGAAAGGGAGAUGUUUUGGGUCCAUGGGCCAGAUCCUUAUCAGAAUUGGCCUUGUGGACCAAAUUUGACAGGUGGGUGCUAGUUUUGCCAGCCCUGGGUGCUAGUUGCCACCUGUCUUGCCACCCCCUUUGGAAUGGGCACCAGCUCCCAGCCAGUUGUUGCCCAUUUCAGCAUACUCCCACCCCCCACCCCCGAAAAUCUGCUCUUGGGAAUCUUAUUAGCAGCCUGAGUUGUAUCAGCUCUUUCCUUUGCCAAUGCCACAGUGCUUGCCAAGGAAUGAGUUACCCCCUUAACCAUUUUUACAGGCAGAUUACCGACAGAAGUCAAUUAUUUUUCCAGAUACUUUUUUCUUCUUCAAAAAAGCAAUCUGAUGCAGUGUCUGUUUUUCUAAAUAUAUUAACCAGCUGGCAAUAUUUUCAGUUGUAUUGCUUUCUAGUAAGAUCUGGAUAAAACUACGGCUAUUUAAGCUGAUUUUUCUUUCCCUCUGAAAAUGGAAUGUUCUGUUCUGAUAGCUUUUUGUGUGGGUGGAGAGUAUCGUCCUGAGUAUUCUGGUUUCAGAUGUUCCUUCCAUUCCGUUUAUUCCUAAUGGCUCCAGGGCAAACAAUCUGAGACGGCCGCAGCUUCAGAUAUGGACCGAACUUUAGAUGAGGCAGCACAUUUUAAAAUCCUAUAGGGCAAACAAUGGUCUCUUUCCCUGCAAACAUAGCCUAUUCUACUUGUAAUAAGCAGCUGUUGGUUGUAUCUGGGAAGAUGAAAUGCUCUUGUUUUCCUAGUAUGCCAUUUUAUGAAAGAACCCAAUAUUCUGUUUAUUUGAGGGCUUCAUGGACAUGAAAAUAUUAUUGCUUGAUGGGCUGUCCCACCUCUGUCCAUCCAUUCUGUUUGAUAUGUGCCUUAAUUUUGUUCUUGAAAACCUUCCUGCCAACACUGUGAUUUAUAGCCAGUCCCUGGGGACUCUUCAGCAGAAGAUUUAGGCUUGGAACAGAAGAAACGCAGAGCUUCAAAACCCAGCGCUCUGCAUGCUUGAGGCUGUACUCAGGGUGCCUCCAGGCUGUCGGUGUUUUGUGGAAGGGAUUCAGGCGCUUGCCGGAUCAUUAGCUUUAUGCAAUUAAAGUGGAUUAAAGUGUUCUGUCUCCCUAGCUCAACAAAUCCACUAUUUAAAAAGGACACUCUUCGAUUUGGAAAGUGGCAGGGAAGUGCACUGAAGUGCGAGUUGAACAAAUGAUUAAUGGGAAGAUGUCUAACUACCCAGCAAGCAAAUUGGGAUGAGUGCAGGAUGAAUGCUCAUUGUCUCUACAACAACCCAACUGGCACGAAUGCUCAGCACAGAUUGGACUUGAUCUAAUCUCUGUAUAAGCUUUGUGCAGACAAAUUGGGAAGAAUGCUGAAUAAACAGGUUGUCUUGAACAGCCCUAAGGCUUUUGCACCUGUGCCUUCCAGUAAAGUCUGUCUCUGCACUUUUUUCAGGCUUUUAUUCUCGGCCAUAUGCAUGAGAAACCCUUUUUGGUAUCUUGUCUUCUUUUUCCAACAGAAGGCAGCAAGCAAAAGAAUUAUAAAAAUGCAAAUUGGUUGGAGCAGGACAAUGGAACAGGCAGGGGAGGUGGCAGGAUGUCCCUUUAUAAAACGAAAGCAUAAAAUCCUAAAGAUUCCAGACUCUUUGCUAAACGGUGCAGAUGAGUAAGCGCCCUGACACCCUCUUACCUUGAAAUGCAGUUGAAAAUUAAUUAUUACCCAGUAGCUUUUCUUUUCUUUUUAAGAAAGGUACUGUAAAAAUAGAGCCACUAUCCUCCACUGAGCUUUCACCCUGACUCAUUCAUGUUCCUGUCCAGGGUGGCUUUGAGUACAAGCGAGCCAUUGUUGAAUGUAUCAUCGGCAUCAUUGAGGAGAACUCGGAGAGCAAGGAAACCGGACUCUCCCACCUGUGCGAGUUCAUUGAGGACUGCGAGUUCACCGUCCUGGCCACCCGCAUUCUCCACCUGCUGGGCCAGGAAGGGCCUAAGACCAACAACCCUUCAAAGUACAUUCGUUUCAUUUACAACAGAGUCGUCUUGGAACACGAGGAAGUCAGGGCAGGUACAUGCACACAUACAAAGAGCUUAUUGAGUCAGGUUGUCGGUCAGUCUAGCUCAGGAUUGUCUGGGCUACCUUGCUGUGCCUCUCCAGGAUUCAGGCAGGCAGGAGUCUUUCCUGUCCAGAGGUGCCAGGAUUGGAACCUGGGACCUACUGCCUGCAAAGUGUGACAGCCUCUCCUCCUCUUUAUGCCGUUGGGGGUAGAUGAACUUUCCUGACUUGAAAUCAAAUCAAGGGAAAUGGGCACUUGCUGGAAUGGUCAAAUCGAGGUAAAUGGUCACCCAGCUGGAAGGGACAAUGGACAGGGAUGGUGGAAAUUGUAGUUCAGCAGCAUCUGGAGGGUCACAGAUUCUCCAUUCCUGAUGUAAAGAAUGUACUGAUAAAGAAAGAUGAUACCUUACAUGUUAUAAGAGGAUAUCAGCUGCAAGGGAUCGUUCAGAUACUUGUGUUAUAUGUUAGUUCAGAUACUUGUGUUAUAUGAGGUUCUAAUGAUAACGUAAAAGCUAUUUGUUCCUGGUUCAGUCCUGUGAAUAUAUUCCUAUUCCAUGCUUGGCUAAACCUUUAAGGCAGUGGUUUUCAACAGUGGGCCAUGGCACCCCGGGGUUCGCACCAUGCAUGAUGGUGAGGGGUGCUGCAGGCGACACCAACCUCUGUCCCUCUUUCAUUCCCUCCCUUCCUCUGAUGCCCUCUCGCGUCUCUGCCUCCCAAAGGCUUGCACAGCUGUUUAUUGCAGCAGCCCUGGCUACAAGUUCCCCAGGUGAAUGAUGCCUCUGGGGCUGGCCAGGGGGUGCUUCCCAGGGCCCUGUGGGACAGCAUGAGAAUGCACCUCUCUUUGGGGCAGGGGAAGCAGCUCAGAGACCAGGGGCAGCUCCAGCAGCUUCCUGGAGGACUCCCAAGGAGAAGAGAGGAGAGAGGAGGCUGAGGGAAUACUUCGCAAGGGAGAGUGUUUGAAAAGGGGUGAGGGACUGCCAGCUCCGCAGGCAAGGGGUGACAUAACUGGUCUCCUGAGCCCCACAAGCAUGCUGCAGAAAGAAGGUAGUUGGUCAAGGGAGCCGUGGACCCAAAAAGGUUGAAAACUUCCGCUUUAAGCGGCUUCCCACACUGUCUUCUCCAGCUGAUCAUCCCUGUUUCCUUUCUUGCUUACAGGUGCUGUGAGUGCUCUGGCUAAAUUUGGGGCUCAGAACGAAGAAAUGCUCCCCAGUGUCCUUGUGUUGCUGAAGAGGUGAGUUGUGAUUAGAGCAGCAUGACCACAUAGAUCUAACACAAAAAAACUCUCCCUGGGAAAGAUGUGUAGUGUUUUGCUGUUGAGACAGCUCUGGAAAAAGCCAGACAUGCUGACUGUGUGGCCUAAGCUGAUUUCAUAAUUACUCCUGCUGCUAUGUGGUCAGAGAGGGCUGGCAUGGACUACAGUACCCUGCAGGAAUCUGAUUGGAUGUGGAAGUCCUGCUGAUUUCCCCCAAGCAAACGAUGCACAGACCUGCUUUAAAUUUCUGACUUCCUUCUGAUUUAGAAAAACUGGCUGGCUGGUCAGUGCUACUGGAAACCCAGCCAGAUAGGCGGGGUAUAAAUAAUAAAUUUUAUUAUUAUUGUUGUUGUUGUUGCUGUUGCUGUUGCUGUUGCUGUUGCUGCUGUUGCUGUUGCUGUUGCUGUUGCUGUUGCUGUUGCUGUUGCUGUUGCUGUUGCUGUUGCUGUUGCUGUUGCUGUUGCUGUUGUUAUACCAUUGCAGCAAGGACUGUUGCUGUUGGAUCCAUGUCCCUGGCCAAAGAGACAGAGCAGACAGAAUUGAGACAUCAGGGUUUCAUGUGGCUGGAUUUGAGGAUAGAGUCAGUGCAAAAGGCUUAAGAAAAUGAACAAAACAUUUUUAACAGGAGCAGUAACGUCUCACUUUGCAAAUCCCCAAAAUAAUAAAAACCGGGGGAAGGGAAACGCAAAAUUGGAAAAUGCCGGAUAAAAAUAUAAGACUUCCUCAGAUGGAAUGGAGGAGAACUGUUAGGGGCCUAAACAUAAUAACCAAAAAGUGCUGACACAGCCUUGGGUUUGCUUCCAGAAGGAGGACUGAAGGAGGGCAGGGGUUGCGUGCAUUGAUGCAGUUCUCUGAUCUUAGUCUCUGCAACAGAUUAGGAGCUUAGCAGGGUCAGCACAGAUGCCUUGGUCGAAAGAAGGGAUUGUUCCCAGGCUCAGAUGCACUGAGGUGGCCACCCAUUGCAGAUUCACUCUUGUAUUCGGCACCACAAAACAGUCUUAAUGGGCUCUGAGUAAGCAGCUGUUUCCUGACAGUUGUCAGCACUGGGGCAGGCUAUUUAUGCUGCUGAUCCCUUCACCACAGAGCAUGCCGUCCUCUUUAUUGACCAUCUGGAUUGGAUUAACUUGGAUAGAUCCAUGUGAAUUCAAGUGAUUCCCACUGAGCAGAGCUCUCUGAUCUUGAUUUCAGGUGUGUGAUGGAUGAUGACAAUGAAGUGAGAGACAGGGCCACGUUCUACCUGAGUGUCUUGGAGCAGAAACAAAAAGCCCUCAAUGCUGGCUACAUCCUGAACGGUAACCAAGAUGCCGGUUUGGGGGCAUGUGAAACGUAAAGUCAUAUUUACGGCUAGAAUUUGCCAGAAUGUGGAACAGGUGUUUUGGGGAGUUUAAAAAAUAAAUAAAUCUUGAAGACUGUGACAAAGAUUUGACAGUUAGAAUUGUAGGUGCUGUAGUUUGGUUUGAAACUUCUGUUGUGUUUUUCUUUUCUUUUCUAAAAAGCUGACUUUCAAAUUGCUCAGGUUAGAUUGGGAAGCUGUUUUGUAGCCCAAAGUCUCAGGGCAAGUUUUAUACUGAUAUCAAAAUUGUUCACAAUCACAUAAGACAAACCAAAAGGAAGGUCAUGCAUACAUCUGCUGAAUAAAUCCGUAGCUCUAACUCAGGGAACUUAAAAUUCUCAGCUUGUUCACCCUACCACCCCAGAACAAUGCCACCCCUAGCUUACUUUUUAAAAACAAACAAAUAAAUUAUAUUUUAUUGAUAUGUUUCAGUGAGAAAAUAAAGUAGAAGGAAGGGGGGGGGGGAAUGAAAAAGGAAGAGAGACCCGUAGCUUACUUAACUCUUAUUUUUGCUAAAAUUCACCACAGUGGCUCUUGCCAAAGCUAUAUACAGACUGACAAGGCCAGCUCAAAAUGUCUACCUGCCUGAAGUGAGGCAGAAGUCUGCCCCUUCUCCUCCCAAUUCCCCAUUCCACAUGGAGAAGCCACCUGGCCUGGCCUCUGAACCUUCCUUGGACACUGGUGAUGGGAUAGCAUCCUGUGCUGCGUGUGAGACAGCUGGCUAGUUUUGGGGAGCCAAAAGAGGCUGUGCAGCAUACGUGCAGGUCUAUCCUCCAAGGGAAGGGAAUGACCAGGAGGCUUAGGAGGGACCGGACCCUGCUGCCCAUCUACCCCAGUAUCUGCUGCCCAAGGCACUUUGCCUAACAGUAGAGCCGGCCGUGCAGAUUGAUUUCCCUUCUAUCCCAACCUAGUAACUGUCACCUUCCAACCAGCUCAUCAUUUCCACCUUUAACAUAGUGCAGCUCCUCUCAGCCAAGGGGGUUGGUUAGAAAGAAGGAACAGGAAGGAAGGCAAUAGAUGACUCCUUAUUUCCACACCCGCCAAGCUAGAACACCAAAGUGCAUUGUGCAGCAUUGAUGAAUUGAUGGUGGUGUAGGGGAAGGCUUGAUGGACAGCUCUGAAGGCUCCUUUUUGGUUGCCAGCAUUUACUGAUACUUUUCAGGUCUGUCUAAUCUAUUUGUGGGUCAGCGGAGAUGGCUUCGUGUAGCAUGAAGGGCAAAUGGGGAUUUUAGCCUGAUUUCCAGAUCUGCUUCUCUUCCUGUGCGGAUUGUAUAAUAAGGGAUAGCAGAGCCUCUCUGCCCCCUGAGCUCUGAAUGGGAACAGAUGCAAGCCAGUUGUUUUGUACGCAGCUCUCAGGAGGAGAGUCGUCUCCAUAGGUACCCUUUUGAGGUUAUGAGUGUCCCCAGCUCCCUGAAAUGCAGAUAUUCAUCAGGAAUGGAUUUGCAGUGAAGCAUUUGGUUCCUCUGCAUCUGGAUAGGAAUAUCUCCUCAGUGGGUAGUUGCUCCUAGCUCAAUCAGCAACCCAUUUAAGCUGUAGGGGAUUAAAUUGGCCCCAAGCCAAGCCCUUUAAGCAGGUUUUGGGAUGAGGCCAUAUGGAAGAGCAGAUGUGGAGACUUAAUUGAGCUCUGAUUUAUAAGGCGACAAAGAGGUCCCUGGUUUCCUGUUAAGUUCAAUUUUGGUCACCCUUUCUCUUCUCCAGGAUUGACUGUAUCCAUCCCUGGCCUGGAGAGGGCGCUGCACCAAUAUACACUGGAUCCUUCUGAAAAACCCUUUGACCUGAAGUCUGUUCCCUUGGCAACUGCCCCCAUCACUGAACAAAGAACAGGUAAUCGUAGAAAUAACAAGGGACAAACUUUCUCAUCAGUGUCUAGCACAGCACGUUUCUUGGGGACUUUCCAGUUCUCUCUGCCCUUUCAAGGUGGCCCAGCUUGAAUUUCAUGGGCCCUUUUCACAGCAGCACCUGCAAUAUUAUGAAUUGCUUCAGUUUCAUCUUGCUAAGACAUCAGGGACCGUUUUCUUUUCCCCUUAUGCUGCUACCUGAUCAGAAUAUUGGUGCCAUCUUCUUCCAUUACAGUAAUCAACCUGCUGUUUGUUCCAAUUCUGGCUCUCCUCCCACCUCCUCUCCUGGUUUUCUAAAUGAGCACCAAAAAUAAGGUGCUGUUUCUCUGUAAGAGGUUCAGUUCCCCUUUUGAAUUACCACAACAGAGCUUCAGGUUAGCAAACGUGAAUUACUGUACAUGUGCUGUGUUUUUCUUGCUCCAUUUGCAGAAAAUGCUCCGGUGUCUGCCACCAAGCAGCCAGAGAAAGUGGCAGCAACCAGACAAGAAAUAUUCCAAGGUAUGAUAUCACCUUGUAUUUGAGUAUAGAAUGUGACAGUUGAGCAAUUUGUAGGAUUAUUCCCUCAGUCUUUCGAUAUCUGAGAUUUUUCUGAUAGAUGUAGUGUGUUAACUAGAAAUGUUUUUGGGGAGAGUAGAGUCAAGAUCAACUACUUUUUAAUGUAUAUAGCAGGUGGGGGAACUAGAUCUGGCCAUUGGGCUAGUUCCUUAUCUCCCCCACUUGUGGGCCAACUUUGACUAAAUAAAAACGGACAAAUUGCCAGUUCCAGAUGGCAUCCACCUCAAGAACUCAAGUGUGAAAUUGUUGAUCUUCUAAACAGAAAUGUGAAACUUGUCCCUCAGAUAAACCUGCAUACAUUAGCUACUUUCCAGUUCUCAGGUAACACCAUUUUUAAAAGAGGGAUCCAGCGAGGAUCCUGAAAGUUAUAGGUCAGUUAGCUUAAUGUUUGUUUGGGGGAAACUGGUGGAAAGUAUUGUUAAGGAUAAAAUAGCCAAGCAUAUAAGAACAAGUCUUGUUGAAGUAGAACGAGCUUGGCUUCUGUGAGGGAAAAUCCUUUCUCACAAACCUAUUAAGAGUUCUUUGACAGUGUCAACAAGCAUAGAAAGAGGUGAUCUGUGGUGUUCUUUGACUUUCAAAAAGCUUUCCACAAGGUACCUCACCAAAGACUGCUGAGUAAGCAAUUCCUGGAUCAGGAAUUGGUUAGGUGCUGGAAGCAGAGAACAGGAAUAAAUGGAAGUCGCCCAAGGAUCAGUACUGGGACCUGGGAUCUUUAACUUGUUCAUAAUUGAAUAGGAUGCUGGACUAGAUGGGCCAUUCUCCUGAUUCAACAGGCUCUUCUUCUGUUGUUCUGUACUUAAAUGUUUUUAUCCAUGUUUUACAGAUGAGGGAACUGAGGCUGGGAGUUGUUUAUUCCCCUAAAGCUAUAGUCUAAGUAGAGCAGAAAUCUUGAAUAGGUUCCACUUGCCAAUUCUCUCUGUGUGUGUGUGUGUGUAUUUUAGAACAAUUAGCUGCUAUCCCAGAGUUCCGAGAACUCGGCCCGCUGUUCAAAUCCUCUUCCGAGCCAGUGGCUCUUACAGAAUUGGAGACGGAGUAUGUGAUCCACUGUACCAAGCACACGUUCACAAACCACAUGGUGUUCCAGGUGGGUACUGCGUUGAAAAUACACGAGUAGUGACAGUAGUCUCUUCCAUUUAUAGAUGGGUUAAUGUCUGGACAUCUCAGAGUUGUUUACAGUAUAACAGAUGCACAGUGGGUGCAAUAAAAAUAAUGUCACAUGGUUUACCUUCAAAUAAGCGCCAAAUAUGGUUUCCAUAUCCAUGAAAACAGUAUCAGUAUAAAUAAAGUCAAAUAGCAUUUGAGGCAGCAUAAGGUAGAAUCCUAACAAACAUAAAACACCCUUUUCAUACCGCCACUUGCCCAGUCUCACGCUCACAACAUCCGUUCCCUAAUCACUACAAUCAUUCACUAUCUCUGUCAACCAACCAAUUGCACUCAGCACCCACAAAGAAUUGCUGCCAAUCAUAUACAUAGAAGAGACUCUCCUUCUCUGGAGGGUAGGACCCUAGCCAAUGGAUUCAAAUUACAAGAACGGAGUUUCUGACUAAACGUCUGGAGGAACUUUCAGACAGUAAGAGCUGUUCCAGCAGUGGAACGGGGGUCCCUCGGGAGGUGGUGGACCCUCCUUCCUUGGAGGUUUAUAAGCAGAGGUUGGGUGGCCGUCUGUCAUGGAUGCUUUAGCUGAGAUUCCGGCAUUGCAAGGGGUUGGCCUAGAGCAGACGAUCCUCAGGGUCCCUUCCAACUCUGUGGUUCUGUGGUUCUGCAUAUGCUUGCACACCUCUCUGUCCUCCAUUCAGGCAGUCAAGAGGCAUACUUAGAGGUCAAGGACAUAUUCUCGCGAGAUAAAACACUCAGAGGUUCGAAGCAGGGCUGUGGCUGGUGAAGAGAUUGUGGCCUGGGUAAAGUCUCAAGAGGCUUCUUAGUUAGAGAGCUGCCUUUGGUCCCUGGUUCUGAGGUUCCCCAUCCCUGCCUUAAGACUUAACCACAUUGGGUCUGGGUUUAAACAAAAUGAGUAACUGUGGUUCAUUAGAAACAGAAGCAGAACCUUCCAAUCUUCUUGUGGCUGAACUGGAGGAGGAGAAUGGGGGGCAUGCAAAUAACAUGGAGGCCUGGUGCCUAGAAUGAUUCAUUUGGGGUUGUCCCUGCCAGAGGCCUCAGACCAGAGCAUUUCCCUCAGCUAAGCAUGGUCAGAUAAUUGAUGCAUGCAGCACAGCUCCACGAGAGUAGGUUGGAUUAGCUUAUGGCAAGGCACAGGUUCCUUUUUAUAUCUGAAAGAUGGGGAGAUGUCCUAGUGGGUGUCUACCUGACCCCAUUACAAUACUAAGAAUCACUUUUGAUGCUGAUCCUAAAAUAUAUGCAGAUUUGUUUUACUACUGAAACUGUAUAUGCCUUGGGAAAUGUGCACUCCAGUGGGGAUGCUGGAGGAUGGAAAGCCAUUCUUAAGGACGUUUCAGCCCAAGAAAUAUUGUAGCACAAGAAGCCAAUGCAGGCGACUCUCAACUUACACUGGGGUUAUGUUCCGGGGAUAGGGUGUAAAGCCAAAAUCGUGUAUUGUCAAAACUCAUGGGUCUCCAUGGCAUGGCAGGUGGGAUUGCCAAAGUCUUUCCCCCCCGAAAUAUGCCUCUUUUCCACCCAUUUUUUAUAUUUGAUUGAUUGAUUGAUUGAUUGAUUGCCAAGCACUUAAAGCUGAAUAGUUAAAUGUGUGUAAGUUGUGAGUUAUUGUAUAUGGAAGUUGGAUCUUCAUGGAAGCAGGCUCUGUGCCUAUGCUGGCUCAAGAACUGCACUGGCCUACAGCUUAGUUGGGUGUGGAGGGUCAACCCAGGACCAGUGCAGGCACUAUGUCUGUAGAUGCACUAAAGCAGAUGCCUUCUGCAGUUAUCGCCUUAAAUGUGGGUCUUAAUAGUGUGUCUUUGAAAACUAUUGAUGGAAACCAGUUAACCUGAAAGACCGCCUACUCCUCUGUAAACCAGCAAGAUCGUUUAUAUCCUCUGUAUAUCUCACCCUACAGAAUGUUAUAGGAUGGUGCCCCCAAAAUGGGCAUUUUCCGCUCUUGCCCCUGUAUUAUGGAACACCCUUCCCUCUGAAGCAGCAACCACCAGUCACUUCAGAUAUCUUAUAAAGACACGUAUUUUGGCCCAGGUUUUCCUCAAUCCCUAAGAUCAUACUCUGUCUUAAUGUAAAUUCCCUGAAUUUUUGUUUUUAUAUAUUACUUUUAUAUUACCCUUUUACUGAGCCCAGGAUCUCUGUACGUAGUGCCCAGGUUUGCGCCGUGGAGAGGUCACUUCGGUGCUGCUAACACAGCAAAAACAACAUGGGGGGGGCAGCAGUUAAGAGUUUCUAGUCUCUGCAGCCACAGCAGGUUGCUGUGAUUCUCUGACAGCCUGGCUUUGCUCCCAGAAGGACACUCCAUUAUCUCUUGAGACAGACAGAUACCAACAAUUGGUUUUAUGUUGUAUUUUUUGUUUCGUUUUUGUGUUGUAUAUUGCUCAGAAUUAUUUUUAAAGAAAGAUUAAGUGACUUAGAAAUGCUUUUAAAUAAACAACCCCAAACGUUACAUUGCAGCACAGUAAAGUACAUUCUGUAUUUUGUGCCAUGACGUUCCUUGAUUUUCCCUGAUAGUUUGACUGCACAAACACCCUGAAUGAUCAGAUCCUGGAAAAUGUCACAGUGCAGAUGGAGCCAACUGAGGCAUAUGAGGUCAUUGGUUACAUACCUGCCAAAAGUUUGCUGUACAACCAACCUGGCACUUGCUAUACAUUGAUUGCAUUGCCCGAAGAGGACCCAACAGCAGGUAACAAGAUUUUCUCUGUUUUCUUCCCUUCUCAGUCAGACCAAGCUGCCUUAUAGUUCUGAGCUUGCAGCCCCUGUCCAUUUUAACAGACAUUAAAUGACUUUUGAGAAUUCACGUACUUUUUAUUUGAAGACUUGUCUGAAAUGCAGUGCUUGGUCCUGUCAGUGCAAGGAUCUAUUUUGCACAGUGGGACUGACUUUGCCCGCACGUGCCCUGCACCCGACUAAAAUGCUCCAAAUGGGAGCCGGGUGGGGGGGAUCCUGGAACAGAUUUAGAGGCAUUCUUGGAGAGAAAGGGGAAUGUACCAUUGUGCCAGUGUAAAUCCUUGUGCAGAUGGGACAGUUUAUUAGCACUGCCUUGGACACAAGCCUAUAAUAACAGUGUGUGAAUUGUAGGCCUAAAGACUUCUAGACACCCUUUCUGUGGAAACACCUUGUUUACCUUGAGUGAGGUUGGUAGGUUAAUUUGACUUUUCUGUCUAGGGGAGAACUGUCUUGUUGGGAAAUUAUAACAUUACAAGCACUCCUCUCAGUCCUCAGUGACUUUUUAAUAAAUAGGCAGACUGGACAUAGGAGCUGAGACAGGAAUAUAAAUUAACUUGUACAUUUCACAUUUCUUUGUGCUUGAUUUUCUUUUUCUUUUUCUUUUUCCCCUUUCUGCAGUGGCCUGUACGUUCAGCUGCAUGAUGAAAUUCACUGUCAAGGACUGUGACCCGAACACCGGUGAAGCAGAGGAAGAGGGCUAUGAGGACGAAUAUGUGGUAAGAGGAGAUUUAGCUACUUUCCUGUCCCUUUUUCAAUGUCUCCUGGUCAGGUGGUGAAAUGUGAGCCAAGGCAAGGCCAUCCAGGGUGACAUAGCUUUGCCUCCUGACCUCCUCUGGGGAGCUGUGGCUUGAUCUAACAAAUGCAUGAGAAACCCUGUCUCAUCAGGGCCAGAGGAUGGAUUGACCAGCUUCUGAGCUAACAGGCUGUUCAGUCUCAGCAUGUCCAGAUGGCUAAGUGUCAAACCUGGGGUGCCCUGUCACCAGCUGCUCACACACAGACCUGGCUUAUAACCAGCUGAAUGUUGGCAGCCAUUUACUUGAAGGCUGUGACGUCUCCCUGGGGCAUGACUACUCUGAGCUCCCUGUUCUAUCCCCACAUUUCAUGGAUAAAAUGCUCCAGCAAAGCUCUUUUGCUUGUAAUCUUUUGGGUAAGGGAGUUUUUUUUAAGCAAAAUACACCCUUCCCGGCACACUUAAAAUACCAAAGGCUCUAUUCCCCCCCCCCCCCAAGUAUGAAUACAUAAUAAUAUGCUCUAGAGAGUGUAGCUGAUGCGCUGUGUGGAGGAUACUGAUGAGCCAGCUUUUAUGCUCAGUGGGUUUCAUUUUAUGUAUCAGGGCCAUUGAUUUCCUGUCAGCUUAGGGCACCGUGGAAGUGUUCUGAGUGUCAAACCUACAGGAACAUUUUGCAGGGAGGGCUCCUUUUUCCCCCUUGCCUGGGAGUUGUUGUUUUCUACUCCCACCUGCAACUGAUAUUUUGAGCCCGGGCUGUUUUACCUACUCCUGUGCAGAGAUUUUGCUUGCCCUAAGACUUGUCUUCGCCCUGCAGCUUCAGUCCCAUUACACAGGGUGGCAUUUCUUAUUUCUGCUCUGAAGAGCAGACUGCACAAUGCAACUUGAACCUGGCUCUGAUCUAUUGAUUUUGCUUCUCAGUUUCUUCCUCCCCACCCCCGCCCAAGUGUCUGGCAAUUCUGCUGAGAGUCACAUCCGCUGUAUGCGCUGCUCCAAAAGCUGCCCACUAAAAAGAUCAUCAUUUAAGAAUGGAAAAAAGUGACAGCGUUCAGUCUGCAUUUAUGCCGUAUUAGAAACAUAAAUGACACACUGUGUCAUGCUGCUAAAGGCUCAAAACAUAUUGUCAGGGAACUGACAUCAGAGCGAGAGGCGAAGGGGAGGCUCCUGGAUGAUGCUGGAGAAGGACCCAGCAGCAGGGGGAGAGGCGACUCAGUGGAGGGGGAAGCAUUUAAGCGCAACACCAGGAACAAAAGUGAGCAGAUGGGAAAAUCGGAGAGAGGGCUCACGGACUCUUCACUGGAACUCAGUGAGGAGGGGACAGGUCCCCCGCUACCCACGCCCACCCUGCGCAGAAGGCUCCCGCGCAGUGAGAGGCGGAGGAGAUUGGGUGUCAAACAAAUCUUAUGUUGGAAGAGAUUCAAGAAACGCCCACUGACGGAUUCUGCUAGUGACUGAGACAGUCAUGAUCAGAAGGGGCUGUGCAGUCAGAAAGGUUUAACAAGGCAAAUCAGCCUAGAGGGGCACCAGUUUACGCACGAGUAACUCAUACUCAUUACAGCAAUCCGUCAGUCCCUGAAAGUUGCUCGUGCGCAGCAGCAGGCAGGCAGCAUCAUGAGCAAGCCCGGAGAAGCAGGCACCCAAGGGGAGCAGCUGGAGGGCAAACGCUGGAGGAGAGGAACCGAGAUUUGGAGCAGCAUGUGGCCAUUCUAACGGCACGGCUGGACGAAAGGCGGUCUCAAGAUGCACAGGUCAGACCCACCCCCAUAGCAAGGAAGGUACCGGGACUGGUGCACAAGUUUGGGGGGAAGCCGCAAGAAUACAGUGCGUUUAGAACGGAAAUAGAGUACGCAUUGGACUUGCAGCAUAACGAUUUUGAAGACGACGCGGCGCGGGUGGCAUAUGUUGUGGGUCACCUGCAGGACGGGGCCAGAGAAUGGGUCAGACCCCUUAUGGCGACGCAGAAUUCCGCCAUGCAGGACCUGAGGAAAUUCUUCCAAGCGAUGGACGCGAUGUUUUCCACUGAUGUUCAAAAAAGUGUGACUAAGCGGGAAUUGAUGAACUGUAAACAGGGGAGCCAGUCAGUCAGGGACUACUGGUCGCGCUUUGCCAUGAUAGUUCAUCGCCUCGGGUGGGAACUGGGCUCCGAACCCAUACAGAUGUUAUUCGAGGAGGGGUUGUCCCCAACGGUUAAGGAUGAACUUUCCCGCGCACCCCGCCCACAGGGGAUGGAUCAGCUGACCAAGGCUGUGCUUGCGAUUGGCGCGCGCCAGGAAGCGCGGGCCCAGGAGAGGCGGGAAGGGAGAGAGCAACGUUGCCAUGACUACCGCAUUCCUGAAAUACCAAGGCAGCCCUCCCCGCCAGCAGAGCCAAUGGAAAUAGAUGGGGCGCGCGCGCGGGAAGUUUCAAGCACCAGCGAAGGGCGCAAGAAGGAGGGAAAGGAUUGGAAAACCUCCAAAAGGUGUUACCUUUGCCAGCGGCCAGGGCAUUUUGCCAGAGCCUGCCCUCAAAGAAAGGCUUGGCAAGGAAUGGUGGGAGCCGCAGGGGGUGAGGAGGAGGUGGUAAAGGAACAGGAACAGGGAAACGAGAACGCUUGGCUGCCAAUCAAGGGGCACAACAGCCAAGCCAGCCACCAGUAAAAGUGCCCCAACCAGACCCCCCCAAGGCGGCAAUAGCCAUCGAAGUGGUGCUAGAACUCCCAAACGGGCACCCAGUCAAGGUGAAAGGCAUGCUGGAUUCAGGCAGCUCAUGUAAUUUCUUCAGCAAGGACUUUGCAUUAGAGCACCAGCUCCACUUACUGCCUUUGGAUUUUCCCUUGCAAGUGACCACCAUUGAUGGCAGGGAGCUUCUAGGAGGGAAGUGACACACCAAACCCCGCCAAUGAGAAUGAGGGUGUCCAGGCACUCGGAAACCAUCGCCUUUCACGUCGCCUCGCUAGCAGGACCCCCAAUAAUAUUAGGGAUGAGCUGGCUAGCACAACAUGAUCCAGUGGUGGCGUGGCAUCAGAGGACAGUCACCUUUGGAUCAGCUUACUGCCUGGAACACUGUCUAGGGGAAGCCCCAAGAAUGACCGUGGCCAGGGUGGCUGGGAUGGCGGUGGAGCGGAAAGGGAGGUGCCGCCACAAUACGCAGAUCUGCGGGAGGUCUUCAGCGAAAAGGAGGCAGAUAGACUGCCACCCCAUAGGCCCUUUGACUGCCAGAUCAACUUGCUUCCGGGGGCUCAGCUGCCAGUGGGUAAGCUGUACGCCAUGUCAGACAGGGAGAUGAAGGAGUUGCGAGAAUUUAUCGACAAGAACCUGAAAAGAGGCUUCAUAAGAGAAUCAAAGGCAGUAGGGGGCAGUCCGGUGUUCUUUGUGGACAAAAAGGACACAAAUAAACCCAGGCUCGUAGUGGACUAUAGAGCUGUCAAUUUGGUGUCAGAACCCGUGACCUUCCCAAUGCCCAGGAUUGACGACAUUUUAACGCGAGUGAGGAAAGGCAAAAUUUUUACCAAGCUGGACCUCAGGGGCGCAUACAAUUUGAUCAGGAUGAGGGAGGGGGACGAAUGGAAGACCACAAUGUUCACACCCCUAGGUGCCUUUGAGUACUUAGUUAUGCCUUUUGGAUUACAGUCAGGCUCCGCCUGCUUUCAAGCUUUCAUGCACCACGUGUUGGGGUCUCUGCUGUACAAGAACUGCGUAGCCUUCUUGGACGACGUCUUAAUUUAUUCGGACAAUGAGGAACAACAUGUUAGAGACGUCAGGGAAGUGUUACAACGACUGCAGAAGCACCAGUUGUGGGUCAAGCUGGAAAAAUGUCAGUUUCACGCCAGAGAAGUCGAGUUUCUGGGGUACAAGUUGUCUGACAAAGGCUUAGCGAUGGACCCAAGCAAGGUGCAGGCAGUGCUGGAGUGGAAGGCUCCCAAGACACGGAAGGACGUACAGAGGUUCUUAGGGUUCAGCAACUUCUACAGGAAGUUCAUCAAGAACUUCGCCCACUUGACAGCGCCAAUCACGGAUUGUCUCAGUAGCAAAAAGAAGUUUGUGUGGACAGAAGAGGCCCAGCAAUCCUUCGAAAAACUGAAGAAGGCGUUCGCAUCGGAAGAGCAACUCCUGCACGUAGAUCUGGAGAAACCCCUGAGGCUAGAGACCGACGCGUCCGACAGAGCCGUGGGGGCGGUCCUUUGCAACCAGGGAAGGGAAAGCAGGAAUGGAAACCGUGUGCCUUUUUCUCCAGAAAACUGAGCAAGUCGGAGCAAAACUAUACAGUGUAUGACCGCGAACUGCUGGCAAUCUACGCGGCCUUUCGUCGUUGGCGUCAUCUACUGAUAGGGGCGCAACAACAGAUCCAGGUUUGCACAGAUCACAAGAACUUGGAGUACUGGAGAACCGCACGAGUACUCAACCAGAGACAGAUUCGAUGGGCACAGGAGUUCUCCAAGUUUUUCUUUGAAAUCCGCUACGUGCCCGGAGAAGAAAACGUAAGAGCAGACGCUCUCUCGCGUAAACCGGAGUACCUGGAAGGAGAGGGGCCGCCGGAGAAACGACACGUGAUCCCCGAGGACCGAUGGGUGUGUGGGGAACUUUGGUGGGGAAACGAGAACUAGCCGGGCUGACCAGAAACGACGUGUUCGCGCAAACUAAAAUCCGGGAACUACGAGACGGAAGAGGGACCCAAGAAGGGUUUGAGGAGAAGGAAGGGGUACUGUACUAUAGGGGGCGCUGUACGUACCGGGGGAAACCCUGAGGGAAAAAGUACUCAAACAACUCCACGACAACCCCACAGCAGGGCACUUUGGACAGCACAAAACCAUGAUGCUGGUGACCAGGCAGUUCUGGUGGCCCAGGGUGAGGGAGGAUGUACGGGAAUAUGUACGGGGGUGCGACCGCUGCCAAAGGGCAAGCGGGCUGCCCCCACAGGAUUGCUGGAACCCUUACCCACGCCGGGGAAACCCUGGGAGGUGGUAUCCAUUGAUUUUAUGACAGAUUUGCCCAAGUCCCGGGGAAAGACAGCAGUCAUGGUAGUGGUCGACCUACUGACAAAAAUGUGCCACUUUAUAGCUUGCUCACAUGCUGUAACGGCAGAGGAAACAGCCCGGUUGUUUGUGGAGCACAUAUUCCGGCUGCAUGGCGCCCCUUGAGGGUUAUCUCCGACCGCGGAAAACAAUUUACUUCCCGGUUCUGGAGGAAACUCAUGAGCUUACUGCAGGUGGAGGUGGGUUUCUCGACGGCGAGACACCCAGAGACCAACGGGCAAGCAGAAAGAGCGAACAGUAUACUCCAGCAAUACCUACGCUGCUAUGUCAGCGAGAGGCAGAACGAUUGGGUAGAAAAACUAGCGCUGGCUGAAUUCGCGUACAACAACGCGGAACACGUGUCCACGGGAAUGAGCCCAUUCAUGGCCAACCAUGGGUGUCAUCCCAGGGCCUUCCCGGGAGUGGGGAGGAAAGCUGGAGCGUACCCGCCGCAGAGCAGUUUGUGGAGGAAAUGGAGGCCCUACACCAGCAACUUAAGAUGAACUUGGAGCGGGCCAAGGAAACUUACAAGAGGCAGGCAGACAAGCACCGCAGGGAAGGGGAGACCAUACGGGUGGGGGACCGGGUGUGGUUGUCCACCCAAGGGCUACCUUUCAAAGGGGGGUGCAAGAAGUUGCAGCCCAGACGGCUGGGACCUUUUGAGGUAACACAGCAAGUUAAUCCCGUGGCAUUUAAGCUCAGGUUGCCUGAUAGCAUGAAAAUACACCCGGUUUUCCAUAGGUCCCUGCUUUCACCGCAUAGGGAAGGGCGGGAAUUCCAGGGGCAAGAGGGAGAAGUCACCACACACCCGCAGGUAGAAGAAAGGGAACACCACCACAGGGCCACGGAAAUACUGGACUCAAGGUGGCAAGGGCGCCGGGUGGAGUAUUUGGUAGCGUGGGAAGGGGAACCCAGGUCCGAAAACACGUGGGUCCCCACGGAAGCCGUCGAGGACAGGUAUCUGGUGGAGGUAUUCCACCACCGGUUCCCGGACAAACCCAAACCCCUGGAGAGAUUCUGGGAGGAGCAAUUUGGAACCACAGAUGAGGAAGAGGUUUUUGAGGGAUUUUCUGACUCCGAGGAGGGAGGAGAGGUUUCGGAGGAAGAAGCAUCAGACAGGGAAGACCACCCCGUUGGUAGGUGGAAGAGCGAUUGGGAAGCGGGUUUCGAACCCACGGAAGAUGGUGACAGUUCCUUCCGGGGUUUCCCGCCUCCUCGGCCGACGAAGGGGACGAGUUGGUCCCACAGGUCGGCCCAGGGGUGGAGGGGAUUCUGGGGGGGAGGUGGAUGUCAGGGAACUGACAUCAGAGCGAGAGGCGAAGGGGAGGCUCCUGGAUGAUGCUGGAGAAGGACCCAGCAGCAGGGGGAGAGGCGACUCAGUGGAGGGGAAGCAUUUAAGCGCAACACCAGGAACAAAAGUGAGCAGAUGGGAAAAUCGGAGAGAGGGCUCACGGACUCUUCACUGGAACUCAGUGAGGAGGGGACAGGUCCCCCGCUACCCACGCCCACCCUGCGCAGAAGGCUCCCGCGCAGUGAGAGGCGGAGGCGAUUGGGUGUCAAACAGCUCUUAUGUUGGAAGAGAUUCAAGAAACGCCCACUGACGGAUUCUGCUAGUGACUGAGACAGUCCUGAUCAGAAGGGGCUGUGCAGUCAGAAAGGUUUAACAAGGCAAAUCAGCCUAGAGAGGCACCAGUUUACGCACGAGUAACUCAUACUCAUUACACAUAUUCUUUCUCUCUUUUGGCUGGUGUGCAAAGUUAUUUCUUAGAAGGGCAGCACAAGCCCCUCCUUCAUAUGCAGACCAUAAUGUGAGUCAGGCUCCCUACAAGGAGGCCUUGUGUUAUGAGGAGACCAAGCUUCCUUCCUCACCCUCAGGAAAUAUCAUGCAGAUCAGUCUGUUUUGCAUAUUCUUCUUCUUCUUUGGCGAUCACUCGUAGCCGAGUAAGAUUGUCUUCCAUAAGUUUUAACAAUGAGUCCGUAAGUGACUGUGGAGGCCAAUUCUGGACCCACACGUCCUUCCACAGUGGGGACAUUGGUUUCCGGGCGGGAGUUGAUCACGGUGUGGAUUUGCCAAGCGUGCCUUCCUCCUAGCACGUUUCUCCCUUGCGUCCUGAGUUUGAGUGUCUUCAAAGCCCAUGACACCUUUGGUAAAGGCUGUAGAGCACCCAACUCACGCAUAGCGGGCAUGAUUCAUGGGAUGAACUCUUGUCAGCAGAAGCCCAGUGGGAGUGCUGCUGCUUGUGCAGCAGGGCUUUUCCAACCACCUCUUCCACUGUGUGCCCCCUCAUUGGCUUUUGGAGGAGAUGGUCGGGAAAACACUCAGAAGAGCAUGCAGGGAGAGGGGCAAUUCUUCCAUCUGGCAGGCUGAUGUUUGUAAUGGCGUGACUUGGAAGGGCACACCACUCCUCCGUCCAGCGUGUGAUUUGGGUGCUGGCCCAGUGAUUCUGUGGAAAGAUGGGCAUUAAGGGAUGUUGAAGACUAGAUGGCUGGUAAAGGAGAGGGAGUAUAGAAGAGGAGGCAGAGUCACAGGCAUAUAGAGUACAAUGCAAAAUGCAGAACACCUUGGGGACCAUCCCUCUAAAUCCAGGGGUGAGGAACCUUUUUGACUCCAGGGGCCAAAUCCUCAUUAGGAUCAGCCUCAUGGGCCAAAUUCUGUGGGUGGGUGUGGCUGCUGAUCUGUCAGUCACAUGACACAUGAUUGGCAGGUGGCCAGCCUGGGGAAAAAUGCAAGCCCUUUAAAACAUUCUCCUGUCUUAAAGCUGCUAAGUGCCCUUUGAAGCAGCCUCCAAACCCUCCUUUAAAUUGGAAGGGGAGAGUUGCCUUAAUGUGACGGGGGUUACAGCUGUUCAAUGAGCCAAUGGCAAAGCUUGAUACAGAGUGAUAUCAUUUCACAUAUCCUUUUUUUAUAUAUUAGCUGGAAGACAUUGAGGUGACCAUAGCAGAUCACAUCCAAAGGGUUCUGAAGCCAAAUUUUGGAGCAGCCUGGGAAGAAGUUGGCGAUGAGUUUGAAAAAGAAGAGACUUUCACGUUAUCCACAGUGAAAACACUGGAAGGUAAUAUUUGCGGGGCUCUUGAUAUGCUUUCUCCCCCCCACCCCACCCCGAGUUUUUAAGUAUUUUCUCUUUGAUAUGGUCCCCAAUAUAUUUCUUUCCACAGAGGCAGUAGGCAAUAUUGUCAAAUUUCUAGGGAUGCAGCCCUGCGAGCGGUCAGAUAAAGUGCCUGAAAACAAGAACUCUCAUGCCUUGUACCUGGCAGGUGAGGAGUUGUGCUAAUAUAUUGGUUUCAAUUUUUGUGGUGAUCCUAAUGGGUAUGGCUGAGUAGAUAACUUAUAAAGUAACUACCAAAGUAUAACCUGGAUAACUGUUAGCCAAAACAUUAUUAAUGUAAGAGCCAUUCUAAUUUUCAGGUCUUUUUCUUUUUUCUUUUUAAGUGUCGUAUGUUUCUUUGGAAUUUUAGUUUAAUGCUCUCGAGGUACCAGAGAUGCAAAUUCUUGUAAGCAUUUGAGAUGCUGAUGGAUAGCCUAAUGCUAUUGUCGUACUCAUAUCUACUACAGGUGUAUUUCGGGGUGGCCACGAUCUCUUGGUUCGUUCUCGUCUUGUCCUGACAGACACUGUGACAAUGCAAGUCACAGCACGGAGUGGAGAAGAACUUCCUGUGGAUGUUGUCAUGGCCUCUGUUGGUUAAACACAAUAUAGGACUUGAUAUUUCAAACUCCGAAGCCAAAGGGGGUGUUGGAAAUGUAUCCCCACUACUCUGGACGCUGAGAGAAUCAUUAGAACAUUAGCUCUUUUUCUAAUUAGGGGGGUGGGACAUUGUGUGAGUUUAAAGCUAUUCUUCAAAGUAUGAUCAGAGGUUUUCUGAGAUACUGAACCAGUAAUUUUUUUCAGGAUCUCUAAACCAUUUCAAAAGAGCAUCCUUUUCAUAUCAAACUCUGCAGGAUCCCAGUGCCUAAAGGUGCUCACACCAGCUCCUGUUGUAGUAACAGUGUGUCAGAUCUUUUCUGUGAUCAGUGAGAGCCCUUCCCAUUAUGGCAAUUUCUAUUUGUGUUUGACAUGUUUUAAGCCCUUCAAAACAGAUCAUAAAACUAAAAUAAUGAAUUUACUCUCAUUGCCGCUACCAGUUUAGUUUCUUUAUGGUGGCAUUAAAACAGACCUUACCUGUAUCCAAUAAAAUACAGUAACGCAAAAAGGCUGCCUUGGUAUUCUCAAGAAUUUGAUAGGAAAAAAAUGCCUCAGAGUAGUAUCUCUUGCCCACAUUAGAAUGCAAUUGCAACCACAGAGUACAAAUUCAGUGGACCUAUUACUUGUUCAUAUGAAAACUGACUGACUUCCCUUUCCAUUAAGGAUAGUUGACCCCAGUUUUUCUUUCAUUAAAACAAUUAAGUUAUGCACAAAUGUAAAAAGAUGUUUCUGGUGGCAGUAAUUGGCAGCAGAGAAGCAGCAGGGGUGAUCUAGAGUGGAGAAACAGUGAAUAGAGAAAUGUUUAGCUUCUGACCCCACUAUAUUGCUCCUAUUCACCCUCUACCAAAGCAGUUUUUCUAUGCUAACAACAGCAAAAUAAAGCAAUUGGCCUACCAUGUUACACAGUUUGCUCCUAAAAUAGGAUGUCUCUUUUUUGUAUUUUGCAGUAUCUGGAAAAAAGAAUUGGUCUAAUAAAUUGCUGAUCAUCAGAUUGCUUGAUUGAUUGUAAUGCAACUGUUUAAAUAAUUAGCCAGCAUUUUAUUUUAUUGAAGGUACUUGGAGUUUUGUUUUAUUUAUACGUGCUAAUAUUGUGCUUUGUUCUACUCUGCAUAAUUUUGUACAUAAAAGUUGUGCCAUGUAAGCCAAGAUUUAAACAGUAUAGUGUUCUUUUUGAAAAGUAUGUGGUUGGUCAUUAUGGUUGUGAAGGGGGUUGUGUACAACCACAUUUCAUAAUUAUAUGGCUUUGGCAAGGAGAGGAAUAGUUUUACAGAGAGCAUAUAAGGGCAAGUUCACCCAUAAGUUAUAUGCUCAGGCUUUACAUUCAGCAAAGCUCCUGCCAGUUCUGGUUCCUUCAGAGUCUACCUGCAGAGUCCAUACAUUUUCAAACACAUCACUCAUAUUCACAUUAUCAUUUAUAGGGGUUGUUCCCCAAAUACCUUGCAUGUAGCUCAAAAAAUGUGUGCCAUGGCCCUAAGAAUGGUCAAAGACGGCACCAAAUAUGUUCAGCAUUAAAACACUUCUCUUCCAUCUGCUUCAAACUCCUAUUAGCAAGAUGCCUUAUAUUAAGUCAGAUCAUUGGUUCAUCUACUCCAGGCUUGUCUACUCUUGAACAGCAGUGACCCUCCUGGGUUUGAGAUGGGUCAUUCCUAUCCCUACCUGGAAAUGCUAAGAAUUGCACCUGGGAGUGUCCAUUUGCAAAAUAGUUUGCUGUUCCACUGAGCUACAGUUCUCCCAGCAAGUCUCUUGCUGUGUUGUGAUCAUUCUCCCACCCUAGCAAAUGCACAUCUUCUGGUUUUGCCUUACACAUUGUCUUUUCACAGCUCAGAAGUUUGGGGUACUGAUAUUCAGGGCUUGUGACGCCUGUUUUUAUAGCUGUUGCUAAAGUCUGUCUUUACAUGGCAGUGGGCUAUCCUGCGCCAGGAACAUAUCCCCUGGAUUCGUCAGCUUGAUUAUAUUUCUAUACUCUGUUGAUGAAGUCAGCUUGCUGUCCUUGUGCAUUCAAAGCGUGUGGGGAAAGCACAUGCAGUGGCACAAACGGGGGGGGGGGGGGGGAGAUAACCAAACAGAAAACAGCCAGGUGCAAUGACUGUCAACAUCACUUAAUGGCCUGUAGAAAAAGAGAACAGGUUAUCCUCUCAGUGGCAGAGGAUGGAUGAUGUCAGGGUGGAAUUCAGGGACAGGGAGGGCAGCCAGCCUACCUCCAUGUUUUAAAGAGUGGCCUCACCCUUGGAGUCUCAAUAUUAAACCUUUUAAUUGUCUUAGUUUAAUAGAAAUAUAUAGAACAUAUAUAGAGAUAACAUAAUGGAAGAUGACAGGGUCCCCAAGGAUGUGCUCUACGGGGAGCUGGCUUCAGGUACCAGGCCUGUUGGCAGGCCAAUUCCAUGUUACCAAAAUGUCUGCAAAUGUAAGCUUAAAGGCAGGGAACAUCAAGCCCGCUGUGUGGGAAUCCCUUGUAGGCGACUGCAGGACCUGGAGACAAGUAGUCACGUCAUAUAUCCAUAGUAGUGACCAGAGGAGGAAUGACCGGUAGGAAGAAUGCAGAAGGAAGAAAGGCCAUGAUGCAUCUGCAGUAGCACAACCGGAUGCCUUCAUCUGCCCCAGCUGCAACAAAACAGGUCUCACAUGUAUCAGUUUCUACAGCCACAGCAGGCGCUAUAGUUCUCCAACAGAUUGACUCCCCCCCCCCCCCAGAAGGUGCACUCCUCCAUUGUCUCCUGAGACAGACAGAUGCCAACAAGCUUGCAAGGAACCAUGGCCAAUGUAGUAAUUGCUGAGAGUGAAUUCCUGUUUAAUUAUUAUUUGUUGCUAUUUUGAGAGUUAAUUUUAUUGUGUACUAUCCUAAUGCAUUAUUGAAUAUUACUUAAUUUGAUAUAAGUUGUUUAAGUCUAUUUUUAUUAUGAUUUAUUUGUAUUGGAUCAGAUUGCUAAAAGAUGUGUGAUCUUUACUUUUUUCAGCUGUAAACCACCUUGUGUUAGUAAUAUAGAAAGGCGCUACAUAUGCAAAUUAAAAGUGAAAUGACAUGAAAA